GGUUCUCAAAGCAAUGCCGUAACAAAGUCAGGGGUAGUCAGAUAGGAAAUAUCGACUCCAAAAAACUUAAAAAGGAGACAUGAAAAAGUGAUGAUGUCAUUUCAUAUCGUGAUGCAUUCAUUCAUACCCAAUAACAUGUCUGCUUUUCCUCCAUAACAUCUAUUUUUGCAAAUCUAGAUCUUUAACUGAUAAAUUGUUAUAUCAUAUUGUCAUCUCUGAUUACAUACUAGGUAUCGUUCUAUUGAACAUGAAUUAUCUAUAUAAGCUCAUCAUACUAAUGAAGAUUAAAGAAUUGUCUUCGGUCAUCGGCAAAAAUGGACUUCAAAACUGGACUUUUGUUGUGCGCUCUCUUUGUGGGAUGCUUCGCUCUCCCGAAGCCCGAAGAGGACCUGUCCAAGUAUUUCGACCCACGUGACACCCGCAUCGUCGGUGGCUCAGAGGCCGCUGAAGGCAGUCAUCCUCACAUGGUGGCGCUCCACAAAGGACUACUGGUCUCUAGUUUCUUCUGUGGCGGUUCUGUUGUGGGACGCAGAAGUAUUUUAACUGCUGCACACUGCAUUGAUGUAGGAUCUUUUUUACCUGGGACACUUUUACCGUCUCUCCGGGCUACCGUCGGUACAAACCGUUGGCACAUCGGAGGACAAACCUACAGGCUGAGUCAUUUCAUCACACACCCAGAAUACGACUUUCUACACAUCAGAAAUGACAUCGGUCUGCUCAUCACUGAUACUAAUAUCCAAUUUUCUGAUCGUGUGAAACCUGUUCCACUGUCUUUCGAAUUCAUCCCCGGGGGAGAGAAAGCAAGAUUAGGUGGAUGGGGAAGAAUAGUUGUUGGCGGUCCCAUUCCUCCGACCCUCCUGGAGCUGGACACCACCAUCGUGGUGGAUGGAGACACGUGUGUCCAGCUCGCCGCCGAGGCUGUGCCGAACUUCCCAGACUUCAGUUUCCCAGAUGUAGAACCUGAAAUUCAUAUCUGUGCACUAAACUCAGUUGGACACGGCAGUUGCAAUGGUGACUCCGGCAGUGCCUUGGUCCGCGUCGAGACAGGUGAACAGAUCGGAAUCGUAUCUUGGGGCUUCCCCUGCGCAACCGGAGAUCCAGACGUUUUCGUUAGAGUUAGUGCAUACCAAGACUUCUUGAGCGCUAAUCUCGUUUGAGGAUUGUUUUAGUAUGAGGUCAUAAAUACUUCAAUAUGAUAUUAAAACAAAAUAGUACCUGCUUACAAUAAAGAUCUUUAGCAACAAUGCUGGAUUUCGACGACACUUUAAGACAUGCUGUGCGUCAUGACAUACUUUGUAUAUUACCCCAUUGAAUUAUAUAAUUUCUUUAUUGAAUAAAUUAUGUUCUUCGCAUUUGUUUCUUUCUAGCUUUCACCCAGGAACAAAAAUAAAACAAGUUUAAGUAUGU